GCAACAAGGAAACAUGCCUUAGAUGCUGCGCGCCACAUAUGUGUGUAUUAAUGGCUGACUCAAGCAGAGGCUAUUAUAAGCAGUAGGUUCCAGUGGACAGCAGCAAGUCAGACACACAGAGAACAGAGCUGUGUGAAUGGACAAGGGACACUGAGGGAGGAGAAAGGCCUCGGUUACCUAACUAAACCCUGAAAACAUCAACGGCCAGUCUUGCUGAAGGAUUAGCUCCUGGUCAGCGCUAACAUGGGCCUGCCCUCGGUGAUAGUGCUGCCCCUGCUGAUCGUUGUGGCAGCAGGCGUGUACUACAUCUACAAUGAGAUUUUGCACUUCAUGUCCAAGUCCUUAGUACGAAACAAAGUGGUGGUGAUCACUGAUGCUGUGUCUGGGGUGGGGACCGAGUGUGCCCGUCUCUUCCACAAGGGUGGGGCCAGACUGAUCCUUUGUGGGACUGGCUGGGAUAAGCUGGAGUCUCUGUAUGACUCUUUGACAACUGAUGCCGACCCCAGAGAGACAUUUGCCCCAAAGUUGGUAAUUCUGGACUUCAGUGAUAUGGACAGUAUGGAGGACGUGAUUGCUGAGGUGGUUGAAUGUUAUGGUUGUGUGGACGUGCUGAUCUGCAAUAGCAGUAUGAAGCUGAAGGCGCCGGUUCAGAGUAUCUCCUUGGAACAGGACAGAAAUAUCAUGGAUGUUAACUACUUCGGCCCAAGCACUCUAGCCAAAGGUGUUCUUCCAAUGAUGAUUUCAAGACGAUCAGGCCACAUUGUGCUGGUCAACAGCAUCCAGGGCAGACUGGCUGUUCCAUUCAGAAGUUCAUAUGCCGCGUCUAAGCAUGCGGCGCAGGCCUUCUUUGACUGUCUGCGAGCUGAAGUGGAAGAGUAUGGAAUAAUUGUCAGCACCAUCAGUCAUACCUUCAUCAAUGCUUCUGAACCGCCGCCUGUAGAGGAACCUGUUCCCAAACCAAACCCUGUAGCUGAAUUUAUUGCCAGACAGCUGACCCACGGUGUGCGCCCGUCGGUCCUGGCCAAUGAAAUAAUGCAAACUGUGAACAGGAAGAGGAAGGAGGUUCUGCUGGUCCACCCCAUCCCCAGGGUGGCUCUCCAUCUGCGCUCCCUCUUCCCCCCCUUCCUCUUCGCUGUGCUGGCUGCUGGAGUGAAAGACUCAGUGUUGGCUGAGCAGAUGCAGUAGAAGAAAGGCUAGUGUGUGCGAGAAAGAGAUGAGCAGUAAAGCUCACUUGUUUAUUUUUUUUUUGGAUAUGCCAAUUAAGUAAAUGUAUAUCCUGAGGAUUCCAGAUGGGUUUGUAAUAAUAAUGCUGAACAGAUUAUUAAUAAUGACCAGUAAAGCACCUUAAGAUGCAACGAUAGAGGCCUUAAAGGUACUUUUUGGAAUUACCCUCUGCAGAAAUGAAUGACUAUCACCAGGGGGCAGUGUUUUACCUGUGGCUGUAUAGAGAUACGUGCUGCUGUUUAACCUUUUAAAGUAUGAACCUUGAAACAAUUACCAGAAAAUUCUCGUUUUUGGGGGGGAAAUGGAGUGUUUAUUGGAGCUCCUGACAUAUAAGUUUUAAUUUGUAUCAUAUUUGCUACAUACAACAUUUUUUUGUCAUAAUUUAUUGCUUAAAAACAUAUUGUGCAAUUUAUUGUUUAAGUUUUUCAGAGGAGUGGUGUCAUCACACUGAUGAUGAAGAAGUCUCAAAAACUCACAAAACCUCUUGUACUAAAUAUGAUACCUUAGGAGCUAAAGGGUUAACUUGUAAUAUUUCUUUUUUGCUGCCACUUUAAUUCUUUGUCCUAUAAAUAAUGGCUACAUUAACUUACUGCACCAUCUAGUGGUACAACUGAUCUUACACAAAAGUACUACAAGCCCCUUCAGUUUCAAAUGAUAAUGCUCAACACAACUCAUCAAUCCAUUUUUGUUUUUAACUUUCUGAAAAAGAGGAAUUUCUAAAUGAAUGAAUUCAUAAUAGUUGCUUUUAGACACAGGAUGUUUUUGCCCAUUUGUGGCAGAGGAAACACGGUGUGAACCCAUUAAUCUCAUAAAGCUUGAAAGGCUAACAUGAUAGCAUUUAAUUAGAAAGCCAACAAGCAGAUUUUGAUAAGAUAUAGUCUCUCUCGCAUCUCCACCAGCAAGCAUCCAGCUCUUUGUCUUCACUGCUCAACAGCUUGUGAUGAAAAUGAAAUUAUAUCAAAUCAAAUCACUGACCUGGGAUGACCUCAAAUGUUCCUCAUUUAUUGUAAUUAUACGGGUUGUGCUUUUUCACCGUAUCUUAUGUUGCCUGCCUGUUUAUUCCUCUUAAUUUAGACAUUAAGUUUCAUGUAUAGAUUAGAUUAGAGUGAACCUGUACUGAUGCCUGCAGGGAAAUGGAUCUGAUUAAGUGCAAGUCAAGCAGGAAGCGCUUUUGAUGAUUACAAAACCAAGAGAAAAUGAAAUAAUUGCAAUAAAUAUUAGUCUUAGCUCA